AUGUUUCGUAUACAGCUCCUGCUACAGGCCUGUGUACUCUUCCACCAAGCAGUAGUCGGAUCGCCGUCCUUAUCGCCAAAGGAAAAAUCGGCUCUCUUCUCCAACACGGAUAAGUACCCGCUCCCCAAUCAGGGCAAUGUCAUUACCCACGACCCCAACAUCAUCGAGUACAACGACACCUUUUACCUCUUCAUGGGAGGCGUCCACAUCCCCAUCAGCAAGGCCUCAAGUCUCGACGGGCCCUGGACAAGAGUCGGAACAGUCCUCGAUGGACCCAGCAUCAUCGAGAAACAGAACCGGACUCGACCCUGGGCGCCGACGGUGGUCCAGCACAACGGCUCAUUCUACUGCUACUACACGAUCAGCACCCCCGGCAGCCGCAACAGCUCCGUCGGCGUCGCAACGACCGAUUCCCUCGACAGCGGGAAAUGGACCGAUCACGGAGCGCUGAUCAACACGGGGUCCGGGAAACUGUCGCACAUCUACCCCUACAACGAGUCGAAUGCGAUCGAUGCGUCGUUUAUCGUCGACAAUGCCACGGGGAGGCCGUAUUUGAACUACGGCAGUUUCUGGCACGGGAUUUUCCAGGUCCCCCUGGCUGGGGAUCUGCUCUCGGUUGAGGAUGCGGAGCACCCACGUGCAGUCAAUCUUGCGUACGAGCCGGCAGAGAAGUUCAAGCCAAUAGAGGGGUCGUGGAUGAGUUUCCGAGAGCCGUACUACUAUCUUUGGGCCAGUCAUGGGAAGUGCUGUCGAUUUGGGGACGGACAGAAUGCCAAGGAUUUUCCAGCAAAGGGUCAAGAGUUAGUUGCGUCUCUUGCGGUUUUCGAGUCAGGCCGGCUGAUCCGGGUAGGUAUGCGAUUCGUGUUGGGAGGUCAACCAGUGUCAAUGGGCCUUUUCAGGAUAAAGAUGGCAAGAACCUUACUGAUGGUGGAGGGACGGUUGUCUACGCCUCAAAUCAUGGUGUUGUUUAUGCGCCUGGGGGGGUUGGCGUGUUGCCUGCGAACGAGAAGCAUCCUGAGAUUUUGUACUAUCACUACCGUGAGUCAAUUCCUUCACUUUGUGUCUGUGAAUACAUCGAUGGGCUUAAAAGACAAUGACGCACGCCUGGGAUGGAGUUACCUCGAGUACAAGGAUGGAUGGCCAGUAGCAAGAGCUGUAGAGAACAGCGGAAUGGCCAGUCGUCCGAACUAUAUCCUCUGUAUAUCUGCUCUGAUUGGUACGCAUUCUGUCAAAUUAAGCAGACUCUGA